AUGCUGUUCUCGCUGCGGGAGCUGGUGCAGUGGCUGGGCUUCGCGCCGUUCGAGCUGCUCCUGCAGGCGGCGGCGCUGCUGGCGACCUCGGGGCUGCUGGCGCUGAAGGCGGACGGCGCGGCGGCCGGGCUGAGCUGGUGGAGCGUCUUCGCGCCGCUCUUCGCCGCCGACGGGCUGAGCACCUACUUCACGGCCAUCGUGUCGGUGCGCCUCUUCCAGGACGGCGAGAAGCGCCUGGCCGUGCUGCGCCUCUUCUGGAUCCUGACGCUCCUCAGCCUCAAGUUCGUCUUCGAGAUGCUGCUGUGCCAGAAGCUGGGCGAGCAGAGCCACGAGCCGCUCUGGUACGGGCUGAUCAUGUCGCCCGUCUUCAUCCUGCUUCAGCUGCUUAUGAUCCGCGCCUGCCGAGUCAAUUAGCAGGAGGAGGCGCUUGCCCGGCACGGCCUUGGCAGGAAUGACCGUGCCCCUCUGGACAGCAGCAGGCUGACCGGGACUGUCCUGGAAGACUCUCUCGACCAGCUGUGGCUGCUGACCUGCUUCCCAACACCGAGAGAAAGGACCGCAAGGCCUCUCCCCGCCCUCAAGGGUAACCCUUCUUGUGCGCCUCAUCCCAUUCUGCCAUUGGACUCUGAUUUCUGAGGGCCAGAAGAUUUGGGCAAGUUCCGAUUAAAAUCAAGAAUAAAAAAUGUAGAGCAGUA